AUCACCAUCACUUUGACUCAUGAUGAGAAUAGAGAUGCAGUGUGAAUAAUACUUACCAUUGACCUCCUCGAGUUCACGUACACAAUCUGACAAGGGGGUUUACAAAUAAGGCGAAGUGUUACCAACUGAAGCAGUGAUCCUUGUGCACGAUGAACACGCUCAGUCUCCCUCGAGUUGGAAGUAUGGUGCUCACGAUCGACUCCAGAAUUGAACUGAUGUCAGGUCACACAAUGCCACUGCUUGGAUUUGGCGUAUAUCAAAACUACACCACUCGAGCGUCAGUUCUUGAGGCGUUGCAAGCGGGCUACAGACAUGUGGAUUCCGCCCAAGCUUACCGCAAUGAAACGGCUGUUGGAGAGGCCGUCAGAGAUAGCGGCAUCGACCGAAGCGAACUUUUCAUUACGACGAAAUGUAUCAGUAAAAAUCAUGGAUACGAGAGCACGUUGAAAGGCGUCGAAGAAUCUCUUGCCAAGUUUGGUUUUGAGUACAUUGACUUGUUUCUUAUCCAUGAUCCGUUUUCUGGCACUGAGCGCCGCCUAGCCACAUACAGGGCUUUGCAAGAUGCCCGGAGUGCGGGAAAAAUACGCUCUGUCGGUGUUUCAAACUACGGAAUCAAGCAUUUAGAAGAGAUUGCAAAUGCGAAAUAUGAUAUGCCCGCGGUGAAUCAAAUUGAGCUUCACCCGUUCUGCCAGCAGCGGCCCAUAGUGGACUAUUGCCGUGAACACUCGAUCGUGGUCCAAGCCUAUUGUCCGAUCAUACGAGGGAAAAUGGAUAAUCCGAUCAUUCAAACAAUAGCACAGAAUCAUGGCCGAGACGCAGCCCAAGUGCUCCUUCGAUGGUCAUUACAAAAAGGGUUCGUGCCGCUUCCCAAAUCAGCAACGCCACAACGAAUCAGAUCAAACGCGCAAGUGUAUGAUUUUGAGCUUGAACCCGAAGAGAUGGUGCAACUUGACGGACUUGACCGUGGAGCGGAAGGAUGUAUUAGCUGGAACCCUGUUGAUGCUCCGUAAUUAUUGUUUUAAUUUCCAAGGAGGGAGCGUCAUCCAAGAUGAGAGGCUUAUCGAUUAAAUAUAGUUUUUAACCCACGACAUUAAUUGUCACAUGAUCCUUUGUCGUCCU